CCUAACAACGGAAGCGAUGUUAUUAAUUUCACUUUCACUACUACAAUGGCUGCAACUUGUUCGUCCGUCGGUUACUGGACUAACGUGAAAGGCUUACUUUUAGAUAUAACAGGAGUUCUUUAUGAAAGUACAGAAAGCGGGGGUUGUGCUAUUGAAGGUUCGGUUGAAGCUAUACAAAGGUUAAAAAACAGUGGAAUAGCUGUAAGGUUUUGCACCAAUGAGAAUGCCGUGACGCAAAAAGUCCUCUCUGAAAAACUGAGGAAAUUUGGUUUUAACAUUGAAUGUUCCCAGAUAUUUUCUCCGAUUCCAGCUGUUUGCAGUGUUCUAGGAAGCCGUGGAUUACGGCCACUGCUUCUUGUGAAUCCAAAGGCUGCAGAAGACUUUCGUGACAUUGAUACAAGUAAUCCCAACAGCGUUAUCAUUGGUGAUAUGGCUGAGCAUUUUACAUAUGAGGUUAUGAAUGAAGCAUUUCAACUUCUCAAAUCUUUAUCGCAUCCAGUUUUAUUAGCUUUGGGAAGCAGCAAAUAUUAUCAGGAAAAUGGCAAACUUGUCCUUGAUUCAGGGGCUUAUAUGAAAGUACUUGAGAGUGCCUGUGAUAUUGAAGCUGAAGUGUUUGGUAAACCAUCACCUGAGUUUUUCAAAACUGCCCUCAAGGAUAUGAAUUUAAAACCUGCUGAGGUUGUUAUGAUUGGAGAUGAUAUUGUCAAUGAUAUUGGUGGAGCCCAGGCUGUUGGAUUGAGGGGCGUUCAGGUGUGCACUGGAAAGUUUAGCAGGAUUCAGCAAACUUUAUUGGAGAUGGGCAAGAUUGGAAGUGUUUUAAUAAUCUUGCAUUCAAAUUGGAAAUGUUUCUGUUUUGUGAUCAGACAGGUAAUAUCCUGAGCCAUGGUCAUACAAACAUACAAAAACAACCUUUUUUUAUAAACUGUUUUUAAAACAUCACCUAAUACAACCAAAAAAAUUUUACAGCUUAAACAGCUUAAAUCUCGAUAUAUGCUAAAUAGAACAGAGCAUAUGAAGGAAGAGUUAAACGUGUAUUAGUUUGGCUGAAUGAAGGCAGUUGUGACUCUUCAUGGUUGAAGACAGUUUAACCAUUUCCCUAAUGGACAAAUACACAUUUUUUUGUUCCUUCCACUUAGCUUUCACUUGAUGAUUCGUGUAAACUAUAUGGUAUCAGAAUGUAA